GAGUGGUGUGCUCGAUUCCAACCAGUCUACCAUUCGAUUUUUGUAUCAAGAGAUAACACACAAACUCUAAGAAACUUCCACACCAUAAUCUCUCUUCUCCUCCGGCGAAUCCUCCUAUUUUAUCUCUAAUAAUCAUGAUUUCUGUUGUAAUCAUAGCUGAGUUACUGGUGGAGUACACGACGGCUCUAGCUAAACUGACCGCCGAGGUUCUUCCGAGGCGGCAAGGGGAUGAUAGAGACGUCGUAAGGAUUGGUCGUUUCUCUCUUCAUUGUCCUCCUAGAUCCUCACCUAUUCCAGAUUACUCUUCUCACCUCGUUGAUUUCUGAUCAGCUUGCGCGCAAACAUCUUCAUCUCAGUUUUGUCUCUCCUUUUCCACCGGAGUUAACUUUUUUCCGGGCGUUUCUCUCCGUCUUUUUCUUUCUUUACUUGUUUUUUUUUUUUUAAAUGGCUCAGAGCUUUGUAAAAUUGUAUCGGAUUAUAAUAGAGAUUGUAUGAUUUUGAUAAAUCCUAAUCUUCCUGCGUUUCUUAAUUCUGAUACUUAAAUCA